AUGAAGAAGAUUUGGAAUCUCAAAGGGGCUUUUAAAUUGACUAUCAAUGGAGAUUCUAUUUUCUUAUUAGAAUUUGAUUUGGUUGAAGAUAAAAUCUCUGCAAUGGAAAAAGGCUUUGUAUUUAUUUCAAAUCGCUUAUUCUUGAUUCGCCCCUGGCAUUUAUUUAUUGAACAAGAGAUACAAGAGAUGAAGACAUUUCCAAUUUGGUUGAAUUUGAUGAACAUCCCAAUUCACUUGUGGAAUGCAAAGGGAAUUAAUAUGAUUGCAAGUGUCUUAGGUAUCCCUUUUCUAACUGACAAACAUACAUCUGCCAGGACUCGUAUGAACUUUGCUAGAAUUUGUAUAGAGAUUGAAGCAGAUUUUGAUUAUCCUUCUAGUAUCCCUUUCUCUUUUGGUGGCAAGGAAUUUGAAGUGAAAGUGGAAUACACAUGGAAAACCCCUACUUGCUUAUCAUGUGCUUAUUUUGGUCAUUCAAGAGGUAAGUGCACUACGGAUGUUGCAAAAUGUAAUACGGAUCCUUCAAACAAGGUUCUUAACAUUGGAUGGAUACCUAGUGCGAAUAAUGGUGAUAAGGAUGGUAUUGGACAGAUGAUAGAGACUCAAGGGAUGUCUAAGGAAGGUGUAAUUGUGAAUGGGUUUAAGGAAACAAGUGAAAAGGCGAAAACAUGA